UUUGCUGCACGUCAAAAAUAUUUUGGGCCUUGUAGUGAUAUCGUAAAGUAAUAAAACAUCAGUGUGUGAGCAAUGGUGCGAGUCAGUGUGUGAAAAUAGGAAAAAAAAACAAUGUGCUUGUCCACUUCCUGUGAGAAGCCACGGUUUGCUGUUAGCUAUACGACAGAAGAAGGAAGAGAAACUUGUUUGUGCCUUGCAGGGUCUGCCGAGCUAAAAAAGUGAGACCCUGCUUUCUUUUGGAGCUCUGAAACUGAUUUCGGGUUAAGUGGAGUCUAAGUGCCAGUGGCAGGUCAUGAAGCGCAGGUCAAAAGAGAAAAGUCAGGAGAAGGUGAGCAGCUGUUUGCUCACUCUUCAGGAGAAUAAUAAACUGCAGGAUCUGCUGGGCAGGAGGUGUGAGUCUCUGUGUACAACAGUGGUGCAGUUGUUCAUGGCCCUGCCACACAGCCCCAACAGCUGGAGUCUGCAGCAUACAGGUGUGCUCUGCUUUGUAAAGGACAAUCCUCAGCGCUCCUACUUCAUCCGCCUCUACAACAUCAUGGUAGAAAAACUUGUAUGGGAGCAGGAGCUCUUUGCCCAGUUCACCUACCACAAAGCCAAGCCCUUCUUCCACACUUUCCAUGCAGAUGAGUGCCAGGUGGGCCUGAAUUUUGCAAAGGAGGAAGAAGCUGAGAACUUUUUCUUUAUUGUGGAUCAGAAGAUCAGCCAGAGACAAAAACACUUGGAGAAGCACCAGAGGAAAGGCCUUACUCUCAGUCGAGAUCAUGAUGUAUUGCCACCACUACCUCCGAAUGGUUCUGGAAGUCUUCCAUUGGGAAAUAUUGACAUCCAGAAUCAAGCACCUCCCACCAAGUCAAAGAAAAAGGAGAAGGAGAAAAAGAGCAAAAAGAAGAGCUCUAAAUUAUCCAAGGAAUUAAUUGGAGCACCUAGUGGCUUUACCCAUGUUGGGCAUCUUGGUAUGGACAGCAACAGCAUGGACCCAGAUUUGAUGAAGCUGCUGUCACGUGCUGGGAUCAGUGAGGCAGAUAUGAGAGACUCUGAGACCUCACAGCUUAUCUACGAUAUCAUUGAGCGCUCAGGGGGAAUGGAAGCAGUCAAGAAGGAAGUGAGCCAACAUGAACGUCCUCCAGCUCCACCUCCUGGUAUUCGUCGGACUGCUCUUCCCCCAGUGCCCCCUGGAUCUUCUUCAGCAUCACCUUCCUCUCGUUUAGGGCCUUUACCACCUCCUCCUGGAGGAACUCCAUCCACUAGCACUAGGUCCUCUUCAUUACGUGCUCUACCACCCACACCUUCCGGAGGGCGCUCAGGACCCUUACCACCAACUCCAGUCGCACAAGGACGUAGAGGGCCUUUACCCCAACCCCCAGGCUCACAGGUAGUACCUUCAGCAAGAAGUGGAUCCCUACCACCAGUACCAGGAGAGCAUAGCAGUCCCCUUCCUCCUCCACCAGGAGACAGAGGUUCAUCAUCUGUUACUUUUCCACGUAGUGGACCCUUACCUCCUCUUCCUCCUGGAAGGGGUAGUGGACCCUCACCUCCAGGACCGCAAAGUAGACCACAACGCCCAGCAUCAAGAGAUCAAAGUGCCCCCAUGCCUCCUGGACAUUCUGCUGGAGUGUGCCCACCUAUACCAGGAAGACGGACUGAAUCUUUACCAGAACCUCCAAAUGAUGAAUGUUAUUUGCUGCCACCUCCAACACUCCCUGAAGAUUUCCCUCCUUCCCCACCUUCUGAUUUUCUGCCACAAGAGAGUGAAGAUUUACCACUACCACCUCCUCCAUCUGAGUUCUUCCCACCUCCACCAACCAAUGCCCAGUACACUUCUGGCAUGGUCCCACAUCCUGCACCAGUUAAUUCUAGCAUAGGAGCUCCACCUCCUCCUCCUCCUCCACCUCCUGCUGCCCCAGCACCCAAAUUGGGAAGCGGGCCACCGCCUCCCAUCGCCUCCAAUAGUGGAGGAGGCCGAGGAGCAUUAUUGGAUCAGAUACGCACAGGGAAAAAGCUGAAAAUGGUAACUGCCAGCCCUGAUCCACCCCCAUCUGUAGUGAAUACAGAAGAGGGAAUAGUGGGAGCCCUUAUGAUGGUCAUGCAGAAGAGAAGUAAAGUCAUUCACUCAUCAGACGAAGGAGAUGAAUUUGACGACGACGAUGACGACGAUGAUGAGUGGGAUUAAUUUAAAAUCCAGUGAAGGACUGUGUCCCAAUGAGCGUUAGCACACCUACACAGUAAAACUGGUGAAUCAUUUUCAAUAACAGAAUAAUUUAAAUUUGGCCCUUUUAGUUAAAUUAUUUUUCAUUAAAUUAUUCAACUGCAAGUUGAAACAACAUGGUGAAUUCGUUUUGUUAACUGAAGCGCUUUUUCAGUCUAAGAGACACCAAUAAAGCAUCUGGUCAGAGCAUCACAAUGAGCAUGUGAAAUACCUGUUUAAUAAGCUAUAUAAGGUGAUAACAUUUUCCUGGCUCAGAAAACACAGUGUAACUGAAGUUCAUUGUUUAUAUGUUCAUUGUUUAUAUGUUCCAUUUUUUGAAAACUUAAAACAGAAGUUACUGUUGUUGUUUUUAAUUAUUUUGCAUGAUCCUGAAAUAUAAAUCUAGCACAAAAACUGUAA